GGCGGCAUCGUUACUUAAGGGUAGGUUGUGUAUGUAUCGCUGUGUCAGUAUGGAGGUGUUGAAAACCCAAACGGAAGACAUAUUUCGUCACCUGCUCCACCACAGAGCUCCCAACGUGUUUCCUAGAAACGGGCGACUUGAAAAUAGAGCCAUAUACCGUAAGGUUGUGCAAGUGUCAAACGAUGUGACGGAGAGGAAAGAGUGGGCUGAUCUCCUCUGCUGUUUUGUCUCUACAACAACAACAACAAACGGGGCUUCACGACUGAGAGCCCUGCUAGAAAACGUGCUUAACGAGGAUGGAUUGAGCUGGGGGCGUGUCAUCAUCGCCAUGAUUUUUGCUCUGGAUGUCAAUAUUAAGUUACACGGGUCACAAACGAACCAAGAAAACGCGAUAUGCUCAGAGUUAGCCGAGUUGAUGUGCGCCAUAGCGGGGAGGUGGCUGUUACGACGCGGAGGGUGGAGUGGGAUGAUUGACGCUGCAGAACCGUCGAUAUUCGUGGCUGUUGUGAACCUUAUCUGUCGUAUGUGGACUGCGCCUGUUUGCGUUAUUGUAUCGUGACUAUGAACAGGAUCUAGAACGUGUCUGUGAACAUCUGCUUGCUGAUUGGUCAUGGUGUAAGAAGAUUUCUGUAUAAAGACAGACGAACUUUGGUCUUGUUCACUUGCGCCCUCUCAACGCUUCCGACUGGCAAGGACCCGACGACAACUCUUGCUGAGCGAUGGCUGCUACAGAUCCCGUGCAGACUCCGAAAAUUCAUAGCAACAGUAACAAAAACGGGACAGAAAUCAGAUUCCCCUUGGGGGGAAACGUCUACGCUACAGCUGGGCAUUUUCGAAAAAAAGUGGAAGUAAGUUUGCGUCAUUUUCACAGAACUUUUCUGCGGCCUAACCGGAAAUUGAAGGGCGAUACUAGGACUGGGGUGUUUCUAACCCCUGAACAAUGGCGGACUCUGAAACUUAACAUGUCGGGUGUGUCGGCGGCUCUACAGGCCUAUACGGCUGCUGCUAUGCCUGACGACCCGACUCUGUUCUCACCUCGCCGGUUUAACCUGGGAAACCUGACCUACGCCAUCGUACAGAUAUCAAGAGGGGAGAUCGUUGUGACAAUGCGAGAAUAUUUCCAGCGACGGCCAGAAUUCCGACGCGGGCCACCAAACGAUGAUUUUGACGACCUUCUACCGGGAAAGAGAUGCCUUAAGUUAUCUGCCGCACAGUGGUAUGCACUGGAGGAGAACAGCCAGAAGAUAGAUACGGUACUUGAAGCAGUGACAGAGAAGACAGACUUCCUGACCGACAAGCUGCUGAACAACAUCGUGGGCUGUGACGUGUGACCUUCUUCAGAUAUAGUGCUGUGGCGCUCCACAUUCUGGUCUAUGUGGUGCGCGUGUUAUUGUAUCGUGAAGGUGAACAAGAUCGAGAACGUGUUUGGACAUGUCAACAAAGCUGCCUGCUGAUUGGUCAAGGCGUAAGAAGAUUUCUGUAUAAAGCCAGACGAACUUUGUCCCUCUUCACUUGCGACUUCUCUGCGUUUCGGACUACCAAGUACAGGACAACUCUUCGGCGAACGAUGGCUGCUACAGAUGUCAGCAAUUGGCUGAACCAGCCGAUAUACCAGGGCCAUUUGUACACCGACGCAACAACGCAGACACCACCGCCACGCGACGAACCGUCUGCGGGCGCAUCGCUGUAUUCGACCGCAAGUUUGCCUGCCGACCCCGUACCGUCCCCGACACCGAAGAUGCACAUCAGCAGUGGUAACGACGGAGCGGAAAUCAGAUUCCCCUUGGGGCAAAACGUCUUCGCUACUGCUGGACAUUACAAAGGAAAAGCAACGCUGUCUCUCCGUGAUUUCUACAGACCACGGCCAGACCAGGAGGACGUAUGGAAGGGUGGCAAGAAGGGGGUGGUUCUAACCCCCGAACAAUGGAGGACUCUUAAGCGCAACAUGUCCGGGGUUUCGUCAGCUCUGCUGGCUUGUACCUUCGCCGCCAUGCCCUACGACACGACCGUGUUCUCACCUCGCCGCUUUCACCUGGGAAACCUGACAUACGCCAUCGUGGAGGUCUUCAAAGGGUCAGCGGUGGUGGCAAUCAGAGAAUUUUAUCGACGAAGCCCAGAAGACGCCAACAAUCUACUACCGGGCAAGAAAGGGCUCAACCUAUCUGCAGAACAGUGGAAGGAGCUGCAGGAGCACAGUCAGAAGAUUGAUGCGGUACUUGAAGCUGUGGCAGAGAACACAGCGGUCCUUACCGACAAGCUGCUGAGCGACAUUGCUGGUCUGUGAUGUGUUGUCCUGAAUAAAGCUUCCUGUGGUCCGAACGCAGGCAAAGACGUG